CCGGUAAAGGGAGGCUACUCCGCUCAAAACAAAUAAACAAAAACUGCGGGAAGCGCCAAGGAAAUAGCAACAGAUUUCUUACUUCUAGUUUAAGUGUUGAAAACAGUUAUUAAUGCAAGAAGUCUGUAACAUAUCUCCUCUCUGAAACGUUCAACGAAACCUAACAACCAGUGGUAUGACGGAGUAUUCACAGGAAACGUUUGACGAGGUCAAAGGGUAUCUCCAGGAGAGAAGAGACGCUGAUGCUCCCAAGCCCAUUCAACCUAAUGCCUUCAGACUUCCUCUAGGACCAAGGAAUAAUUUUAAUGAAGUCUACCCAGGAAUUAUUCUAGGAAACCAUGUCUGUGCUAAAGAUCCAGAGAAGCUGAAGAAGAUGGGGGUUUCACAUGUCGUUAACUGUGCUCAGGGUUCCAAAAUCAAUCAAAUCAAUACAGAUGCAGAUCACUUCAGUGAGGCUGGCAUUGACUUCUUCGGGAUCAAGGCUAUGAACAUUUCUACCUGUGAUAUCAGCCCACAUUUUGUGCCAGCUGCCGACUUUAUAAAUGCUGCCCUUAUCGCUGAUGGUAACAAAGUGUAUGUUCACUGUAUGGAAGGGAUCAGUCGGUCCUCGACUAUUGUAAUUGCUUUCCUUAUGAUCAAGAGAAAUAUGACGUUGAGCGAGGCUGCCACAGCCAUACGGGCGAAACGAGAAAUAUUCCCAAACACAGGAUUUCUCAAACAGCUGUGUAUUUUGAACAAGUCACUACAUGAAUCACAGUAAUACUGCAAUCUGUGAAAAAAAAUAGAUCACAACAGACCGUAUAUAUAUAAAGUAAUAACAUUUGGAAGGAGAAAUUUACACUAGGCACUUAUGGAUUUCUUCUGUAAGGGGGCAAAUAUUUGAUAAGGCCAAAACAAAAAUGUAUGUUUUAGUUACCCCCACUAACCCUAGUUUUUACCUUUGACCCUAACAAUUUUAUCUCGAACGAACACACUCCAUCAAGUUUUGGGAUAAGUUGUCCACCAGGUGUCAAAAAUUGAUGGACAAACAGACAAGGCAACUAGAUAUAUAUACUCUUUCUUCUUCAUAUGCACUCACUAAAAUCAAAUUAAAUCCUAUAUUAAUAUCUAAAAGACCUAAAAAUAUGUUUUGUGAUUUUUAUUAUUUCUUAAAUAAGCCCCUUCCCCUGAUUUUUUUUUAGAAAUAAAUCCU